GCCGCGUCCCGGCGGCUCCCUGCGCGUGCGAGCAGCGGCGGCGGCGGCGGCAGCGGGGCCUGCGCAGGUGAGGGGCGCGCGGCGGACCCUCGGCAGCCCCCGGGACGCGGCCUCGGGCAGGGAUCACUGAAGUCUCCCGUGGAGACGCGCCCUUUCCCAGAGUGACUUCUUUGCUCUCCAGGCAGCCAUGGAUCUGGAUAAACCAUCUGUCUGGGGCUCAUUGAAGCAGCGGACCAAGCCUCUGUUUAUCAACCUGAGCAAGAGGAAGGUGAAAAAGAACUCAAACAAACCACUGGACUUAAGGGCCAGGCAUCACUUGGACCGCCGUGUCAGCCUCUCUGUCCCCGACCUCCUGGAGGCCGAGGCCUUGGCCCCUGAGGGGCUGCCUUACUCCGGGCCCCAGUCAUCCUACACCUCGGUGCCCAGCAGCCUGUCCACUGCAGGGAUCCUGCCCAAAAGCAGCAGUAGCUCCUUGAAACAGUCUGAGGAUGAGUUGGACUGGGGCCAGGAAGAAGCCGGCCACCUCCACGUGGUGGAGAUGGACUCGGAGGAGACCUACGCCUCUGCCACUGAGGACAGGAGGGCCUCCAGCAACGGCAUCUUUGAUCUGCUCCAGAAAACUCCCCUGGGAGAGGACACACCGGGAGAGCCGGAGAUGCUCUGUGGAAGUGGUGAUCUGAAUGCUUCUCUGACAUCCGAACAGUUUGAAGAGCAAUCUACUCUCAGGGAAGCCGGCGAUGGCUUGAGCAGCCUGCCCAGCACCUUCGCCUACCUCCUCACCAUCCACCUGAAGGAGGGCCGGAACCUGGUGAUCCGGGAUCGCUGCGGCACGAGUGAUCCCUAUGUGAAAUUUAAGCUGAACGGGAAGACUCUGUACAAAAGUAAAGUCAUAUAUAAGAACUUGAACCCCGUUUGGGAUGAGAUAGUUGUAUUGCCAAUACAAAGCCUUGAUCAAAAGCUCCGUGUGAAGGUAUAUGAUCGGGAUUUAACGACGUCUGAUUUCAUGGGCUCUUCCUUUGUCCUGCUCAGUGACCUUGAGCUUAACAGAACGACUGAGCAUAUUUUAAAACUGGAGGAUCCAAACAGUUUAGAGGAUGACAUGGGAGUCAUUGUGUUAAAUCUGAACCUUGUAGUAAAACAGGGUGAUUUCAAGAGACACCGUUGGUCCAAUCGGAAGCGGUUAAGUGCCAACAAGUCCUCUCUGAUACGCAACCUGCGGCUCUCAGAGACCUUGAAAAAGAACCAACUCUGGAACGGGAUUAUAAGUAUAACUCUGUUGGAAGGGAGGAAUGUUUCAGGAGGAAGUAUGACAGAGAUGUUUGUCCAGUUAAAACUGGGAGACCAGAGGUAUAAAAGUAAGACACUGUGUAAGAGUGCAAAUCCGCAGUGGCGGGAACAGUUUGACUUUCACUACUUCUCUGACAGGAUGGGCAUUUUGGACAUUGAAGUGUGGGGAAAGGACAGCAAAAAGCACGAGGAGCGUCUGGGCACGUGUAAAGUGGAUAUGGCAGCUCUCCCGCUCAAGCAGGCCGACUGCUUGGAGCUGCCGCUGGAGAGCUGCCCGGGGACUCUCCUGGUGUUGGUCGCCCGUACGCCCUGUUCGGGGGUCUCCAUCUCAGAUCUGUGUGUGUGCCCCUUGGCAGACCCCAGCGAGAGGAAGCAGAUCGCCCAGCGAUUUUGCUUACAGAACUCCCUCAAAGAUCUGAAAGACGUCGGCAUUUUACAAGUGAAGGUUUUAAAGGCGGUAGAUCUCUUAGCAGCAGAUUUCUCAGGGAAGAGUGAUCCCUUUUGCUUGUUGGAGUUAGGGAAUGACCGACUUCAGACGCAUACCAUUUACAAAAACCUCAACCCUGAGUGGAACAAAGUUUUUACAUUUCCCAUUAAAGAUAUCCAUGAUGUUUUGGAAGUGACAGUGUUUGAUGAAGAUGGAGAUAAACCCCCUGAUUUUCUUGGAAAAGUUGCCAUUCCCUUGCUGUCCAUUCGAGAUGGACAAACCAACUGUUAUGUAUUGAAGAAUAAAGAUUUAGAACAAGCUUUUAAAGGAGUUAUUUACCUGGAAAUGGACGUCAUAUAUAAUCCGGUCAAAGCGAGCCUUAGGACCUUUACUCCCAGAGAAAAGCGCUUGGUUGAAGACAGCCGAAAGCUGUCCAAAAAGAUCUUAUCAAGGGAUGUAGACCGGGUGAAAAGAAUCACCAUGGCGAUUUGGAACACGGUCCAGUUCCUUAAAAGCUGCUUCCAGUGGGAGUCCACGUUGAGAAGCGCAGUAGCAUUCGUGGUGUUUUUAGUCACCGUCUGGAACUUUGAACUGUACAUGAUCCCGCUGGCUUUACUGCUGCUCUUUGUCUACAAUUUCAUCAAUCCCACGAAAGGGAAGGUUGGCAGCAUACAGGACAGCCAGGAGAGCACGGACAUGGACGAGGAGGAAGAGGAGGAUGACAAGGAAUCUGAGAAAAAGGGCUUAAUUGAAAGAAUCUACAUGGUACAGGAUAUUGUUUCGACUGUUCAAAACAUCUUGGAGGAAAUAGCUUCUUUUGGAGAAAGAAUUAAAAACACAUUUAACUGGACGGUCCCAUUCCUCUCAUUCCUGGCCUGUUUGAUACUGGCAGUUGCCACCAUCACUUUGUAUUUCAUUCCACUCCGGUACAUCGUUUUAAUCUGGGGCAUAAGUAAGUUCACGAAGAAGCUUCGAAAUCCCUAUGCCAUUGACAAUAACGAGCUACUAGACUUUCUCUCCCGGGUACCGUCUGAUGUUCAAAAGGUGCAGUACGCAGAGCUGAAGCAGGGCAGCAGCCAGAGCCCCCUUCGGAAGAAGCGCAGCGCUCUCUAGGACACACGGCGCCUUGGGACCGGCGCCUGGUUCCACGUUUGGUUGAUCAGACCAGUGGCCUCUCGCAUCCAGUGGUGUCCGUGGUGUCAUUCUGAAAUGCCUGCUGUGGGGAACCCUCUCUGUGUCCUCCCCCUGCUUCAUGUGCCCAGAUACACUCCCAUCUGUGCCCAUCUGUACGCAGGGAUGUCCUGGUUACGUCUUGAGUAGGCCCAGCAGAGGGGAACAAUCCAGAGACUGUGAAAGACUCACAUCCCUUCUCAAAUAGGAGAUAAAGCAAGGCUUCCAUGGGUCUGAACACCCUCCUUGGGAACAGCCACGAGGCCACUCGGAUUUGAGCGUGACUUUGAACUUGUUUUCACACCUCCUACAGAUUCUCAUUAAGAUUCAGUUCUCUCCACUCCCCACCCCCACACUCCUUUCAGAUGACUGUUCAUGAGUCAAUUUUUUUUCUCUGAGUUAAAAAGUCUUUGAUAGCCAUGGCAUCUACCCAAAUAAUGUAUAUUGUGAAUUGAUUUUUUUUUUAAUCGUGUGCCAGGAUUAGCCCCCAUCUUUGAGGAUCUUUCAGCUGUGAUGACUAAAGUCCUGGGUAUAAACCUUCAGUGAGCUGCUUGGUGCUGGAUGCCAGCCCCAGGAAGGUCCCAAGGGAUCAUUCAUCCAGAACGUGAAGGUUUCAUGACACGUUUGGUUGCCUCAAAUCGCCAUUUCUUCUGACUACCUUUUGCUUGUUCCCAAAUAAAAUCUCAAUAUCAUAGCUUGAGAGAGAGAGGGAGGGAGACAGAUGAAUGAAUUCUUCAAGUGUUUAGAAAUAAAGGCUGAGGGGCAAGGGACCCUUGUAUGUAGCUGCUUCUAUGAUUGUCAUAAUCCCUUCAUUUGCCUGCAUUUUUAAGAAAGGAAAAACACUGUAGCAGUCCAAAAUGAUCUUUUAUUCCUGAGCAAAAUAAGCUAUGCAUAAUACAAAUAUAUCUCAGAACCCCAUUCCUGAAAAGUACCACCCCGUACAUCCCAAAGUCCCCCUUUGCAUGUAUCUGAUUCCUGCGGACUCUGCCAUUUCAGUGACCAACACUCCCCGCCCCAAGUAAAAAUCCCAGUUUGGGGCAUAUAUAAACUGUAUGCAGAUAUCUUUCUGUUCUAAUAAUAUUUAAGUUGUAAAGACUGUAUUUUGUUGACACAUACUUUGUAUGUGCAGUUUUAUAUAUAUAUAUAUAAAAUAUAUAUGUAUUGUAAAGAAAAGUUGAGGUAAAAAAAUCUGAUUUAAUAGUGAGUUGCACUAUGUUUUUUCUUUUUUUUUUCCCCCCUCUCUCUGGGUUGUAAUUUAAUAAUCUUCCAACAAAAUGUUUAUGAAAAAUGCCAAAGAUUCUAAACCUUAUCAUCCUGUGUCUGUUUUUCUUCAUUUUCUCUCUUCCUGGGUUGCUUUCUGGCUGAAGCAGAUUUCUGCAUGAUUUGAUUUACUUCAAGUUAAUGAAGCUGGCUGGAAAAGAACCUUGCAGAAAUUAUAAAAGCUCCAGUAAAUCUCUUAGUUGUCCAUACAAUAGAUACCCAAGAACCUCUUUUGUUAAACCAGUUACUCAAUCUUCUGUGUAAACAAUGCCUCAUUGUCUCACUCCCAACCACCAUCUAGUUUAUCAUAGUCUGUCAUUUUGUAACGACCUAAGUCAGACAUUUUUAAACAGACACGUGAGAUCUGAUCAGUCAUUUGAAUGAAAACCUUCAGCAGCAGAAUAACCCCUUAUUUAUAAAAAAGUGGAACCAAUACUUUAUUGUUGUUCUUUUGCUAUAGAAUUUCAAAAUGAAAUAAUGUGCCCGGCAAGAAGACAUCAUUAGGCUUGUUUCCUCUGUAGCCCGACUGGGGUUUUCAGCAUUAAGUUGAGGACACAGACAGCAGCUGGGAUGCAAGCGCAGGACACAAUCAACCUUUAAUAAACAGUACGUGGAAAACAAUUGUUAAUUGAUUAAGGCAUCGGGAUGUUCAAAAUGAGUGUUAUCUACAAGUGAAAUGUUAAGAUUCAUACAAGUAACCAGAAACUUGUAUGGAAGAGUUAGGGAUGUUUUAGACAGAAUUUAUGGAUUAUGGUUUCACAUUGUGAUAGUUAAAGACAACUUAGUAGGGAUGUUGAAGUCUGGCCAAGCUCUCCCAGUUCUCUUCUCGAACCUCACACGCCACUCAGCAGGUCAGAAAUUCAGUGUUCUCUCUCCCUGUGUGUUCAGGACCCCUAACUCCAUGGUCUCCUUCUAGCUUCAUUAUUUCCCCUUAUUGACACAGACAUCUUACAGGCUGGGAGGCCCCUGGCAUCCCUUUGUUCCUCAUAGUUUUUGCCCCAUCUCCCAACCCGUAAAAUCUGGUGGAUCCAGUGUUGACACACUACCUUGCUUGUUUAUCUUGUCCAUUUCUGAUCACAGUCAAUCAAGCUACCGCCCAAGUUGAGGCCUCUGUAACCUUUCACCGGUCAAGCGGAUGGUGCCAACUACAUUUUACCACGUCAAUCUGAUACAGAAAAAUGGGGAGUGAGAGGAUAGCUGUGUCCCAGGUCUCUGUUGAGGUCCCUGGGAUGCACCCCGCCAGGUGCGGGUCCUUAGCUUCAUGCAGGAAAGAAUUCAAGAGAGACCCAUAGUUGAGUAAAAGUAGGUACAUUUAAAGAGAUGUACACCAUAGACAGAGCGCAGACCAUCUCAGAAGGCUAGAGAGAGGCCAUGAGGUACAGGGUUGAGUGCUUAGUGUAAAGUAAAAGUAGACACGUAAACGGAGCGUGGGCCAUCUCUGAAGGCAGAGGAGCAAGAGGCCAGGAGGUGCAGUGUUGCUAGUUUUUAUGAACUAGUUUCAUAUGCUAACAAGUGGGGGGAUUAUUCCAACUACUUUGGGGAAGGGGUUGGGAUUCCCAGGAAUUGGGCUACUGCCCACUUUUUGACCUUUUAUGGUCGGCCUGGGAACUGUCAUGGCACCUGUGGGAGUGCCACUUACCAUGCUAAUAUAUUACAAUGAGUGUAUAAUGAAGCUAAAGGUCUACUGGGAGUCCAAUCUCCGGCCAUCCUGGGCCACAAGGUUUAUUGGAGUUGAAGUUUCUGCCAUCUUGGUGCUAAUUGCUGUGUCAUUCCUUUAAUGGCUGUGCCCUGCCCCUCCCCUCCUGUCUCAAAUCUUCAUCCAGACCACUCUUUUCACUUGAAAUACUUUCUUCCCAGUUUCUAGCCAAAUGAAUUCUACCCUCCUUCAAAACUUUCCAAAGUCUCCUGCCCACAUAGGCUUUCUUAGCUCCUUGGCUGGAUUGGAUCCCACCCUUCUCCUUACACCCCCACAUCUGAUACAUCUUCUGGCAUCUGCCGUAUUCUGCCAUAGCUCAUAGCUACCAGAGGCCUUGACUCCCUCCUUUUUCCAGUGGAUAUAGCCCAUCCUAUCUGGCACCUAAUAGACACUCUGGAAAUACAUGAUUAACUGACCUGUUCAUAGAGAACGUCUUUCCUGCCCUUUUCAUGUGUGAUUCUCAGAACAGAGGGCUGAACGUGUCAAUCCUAGGAAAUAAUUUCUGGCAUUAAGUGCAUAGCUUAUAUUGUGUGACAUUAUUUAUAAGCUCUGGCCAUGUUAAUUAGAGACUUUUUAAAAUUAAACAAUG